AUGCCUCCGGAGAGGCGCGAGGGCAGCCCCAGGCGCGAGAGGCGCAGCAGCACCUUCUCCCUGUCGGCCGCCUUUCGCUCUCCGCGCAAAAGAACCAGCGUUCUCGAAACACCCAUUACCGAUGCAAUCAAGCAAGGUCCUCCAGAUUCACCGACGCUCCCUCGAGUCUCGCAACCGGACCCUCGAGACAUCCCAACUUGCGUCGAACGAAUGCACUAUCCAGUUUAUGACCCGUUAAACCCACGCCACAACCCAGCGGUAAGAAGCGAUCCAUCCCGACAAGUUCGCGAUGAUCACACGUCCAAUUCGCACGAUGCUCAUACACCCAAGACGCAGAAGCAACACCGUUUGCUGGAGGAGCUGCCUAAAAGAUCCAUCCACAAAGCCCGAUCCGGUCUCCUUGCUAUCAAAACAGGCCUACAGCGUCUUUCUUUUCGCGAAAGCGCUGAAGUCACUGAGGGUGUGCCGCAUCCGAACGAAAGAUGCGAGGAAAGGCGUCAGGAAAGGCGUGAGGCAGUUCGCCGCCGCGGGCCUGGACACUCGAGCACAACUCAGGAGGACCUGAGUUUUGGAAAUAGUUUGUACCGGGCGUCUCUCGGCCGCCGACCUCCCCCGAAUACUGAUGGUGCUGCUGACGAUUUUAAUUUCACCCCUCGAGCUGUGUCACCACCACUGUUGACGAAUGUUGUCUCCGCGCCGGCACAGCUGGGAAGUACUAGUAGCAGCCAGUCGAUUGAUCAGCCUGACAUGACGGAGGAGCAGCCUGCGACAGUGGUGCGAGAUGAACCGCCUCCAUACUGCUCGAGGAUGUCUCGAGAUUCACAGAAUACAAGCACAGAUGGCGCCUUGGAUAGAGCUGCAUCCAGCAAGACCCAGGAUCGUUCAACUCGCUCCGGUACAUCCACCGAAUGGGAAGGACUGGGUUCGCCAGCUUCAAGUUUCAGGUAUGAGAAUAUGACUCUACAUGUGCAAGCUCAUAAACCUGCCACCGUCAGUCCUGUCACAUCAGCUCGGUCUUCUACUUCCGCCCCCUCGAAUUCUCGGUCCGAGGCCUUAGUCUCCCAGGAGCGCCUGCCGCUCCGAGAGGACCUCCAAGAGUUCCUUGAUGAUGAGGAAGAGCCCCAGUUCGCAGCACCAAGCCCCCCUUCUGCCGUUGUCCCAGUUGCCUUUCCAGGUGUAUACCACGCGCUCCUGGACCAAUGGACCACGGACCCACGGAAUAAGACCGACAAGAUCCCAUCUACCACUAGAGAGUCUGCGACAUACAACACAGUGAGAAUACCCCAAGUCUUUCAAGCCCGUGAUGAGCUCAGUCCUACUCAAUCCGAAGACCACCACUCGUUUGAACUGCACAUGUCAAUUAGAAAUGAGGAUCAGGAAACCAGCGCAGAACCCUACUCUGAGUUCCAACACAGCAGGCUUGACUUGACAGCGCCCUGGGAAACAAUAUCGCCCACCGACCGCCGAUAUUCUCUCUCGAUAGGCGGCUGGGAUCGAACGAUUGAAUCUUUGUAUGAUGGAUCCGAUUACUCACCUUGCCACUACACCUCCGGAAGCUCCCCUUCAGCCAAUGUCACCUCAAGAACAUCAGUCUACGACGACAUCUGGUCUCCGCUUGAAUCACCGAUCAACGAAGAUGUUCUAUUCUCAUCAUUCUUCAGAAACGACUUCAGAAACGAGUACUACAUGGCCGACGGCAAAACAACUACUGACCACCGACCUGACGGAGGCGAUAUGGGCGUGAAAGCAGAGCGACGUGUCUUUGGCGACGGAACGAUGCACAGUGGCCGUGGUCUCGAUCGAACCCCCUCUGACAGACUGCGCGAGAUCACCGAACGUGUUUCGUCGAGAAGCCUUCAACGUCCGUCGCAGCUUAAUCCACGUCCUGAGCAGAGGAAAAGUGAAUCGACCGAUGACGAUACUUUCCUUCGUCACCCGCACCAGGGCUGA